UAAAGAAAGAGCAUUCAUCAAAUGAAAAAUCAAGAUUGAGAAGAUAACAAAUACCCAAAGUCACCACCACAAAGAUUGAUACCUAUCCCACUACACAAGAUGGCAAGCGAACAACUUCCCGAUGACCAUUACAGAAUUAGCUAUGAAGAAAUCCAUUUAGACAUCGCAGAAACGGCAAGACAGAUUCGUCAAACGUUUGCACCCGAUUUGAUGGUAGCAAUUGGAGGUGGUGGUUUCUUCCCUGCUCGUGUUUUACGUACUUUUCUUAAACGUGAAGGAUCAAAUGGAAAACUUGUAAAUGUUCCAAUUCAAGCAAUCGGUUUAAGUUUAUAUGAAGAUCUUGGUCAAGCUGAAAAAGCACUUCAAAGUUCAGGUCCAUCAAGUUUGGGAAAGAUUGGCGUUGAAGUCGUUCGAACACAAUGGUUAGACGCACCCAAAAGAGACGUAAAAGAUGGCAAUGCAGAAACACAAUUACAUGGUGGCUUGUUGGGCAAAAAUAUUCUGAUCGUUGAUGAAGUGGAUGAUUCACGUACCACUUUACGUUAUGCAUACAACGAACUUUUAUCCGAUGUACGCAAAGCAUUGGAAGCCCUCACACCUGAACAAAGAGCACAAACACCUCCUACACGAUUUGCCAUCUUUGUCGUUCACAAUAAAUUACGAAGCAAGAAAGGAUCUUUGCCAAUCGUUUGUCAACGUAAAGAUGAAAAUGGAACAGUUGUUUCGGGUGUUUGGUAUUUCGCAGCUGAAACGACUGGAAAUAUUUGGAUCGAAUAUCCAUGGGAACAAGAUGAUAUUUUAGAACAUAAUCGAUUAACAGCUUUAGCCAAGAAAUUAGGUCAAAAUGGAAAGCGUGAUAGCGAAUGA